AUGGAGGAUGAAAAGAGGAGAAAGAAGAACAAGAAGAAGAAGAACAAGCAAAGUAAGAAUGGGGAGAAUGGGGUUGGAGAAACUGCCAAUAGGGAUCAGAAUCUGGUGAGUAAUGGAAAAGAUGAGCAUACUAAUCUUCCUGAGACUGCAAUUGAGAAAAACUCGAAUGGGGUUGAAGAGACGUCAAUUAGGGAUAAGAGUCUGGUGAAUAAUGGUAUGGAUGAGCCUGCUCAUCUUUCGGGAGUCACCGAUGAGCAAACUAAGAAUGAAGAUCAGAAUGGGGUUGUUGAAGCCCCCAAUAGUGAUCAGAAUCUGGUGAAAAGUGGAAAGGAUGAGAAUGUUCCAACAUUGGAGUAUGCAGAUGGGCAGAGUACUAGUAUGGAUUUGAAUGGUCAUCAGCCAAACGGUAAAGAAUGUAUUGCAUCAGAAGAGACUAUCAGAAAUUUGAAAGAAAAACAUGAUAUGCAUGUUCAGAAAGAGGUCAUAUCAGAAGAUACAAUUAGAAAUUUGAGAGAAGAAAAUGAUAUGCAUAUGCAGAAGGAGUCCCUAUCACAGGAGACAAUAACAAAAUUGAAAGAAGAAAAUGAAGUGCAAUUUCAGAAAGAGGCAAUAUCAAAGGAGACAAUUAGAAAAUUCAAGGAAGAAAAUGAUAAACUGGUUCAGAAAGAGGCUGAAUUGGCGCAAAAAACUAAUCAGUUGCUGAAUGAAAAGGAGAGUUUAGAGGGAAAAAUAAAUCUUCUGGCGAAUGAUUUGGGUUCUUCUAGUGAGAAAGAGCUAUUAGCACUGGCAUUUGACUGGGUUGGACUGGAAAUAAGAGUUGCACUGUUGCAGAGUGAGAAUAAUGCCUUACUUCAAAAAGAGGAGAGUCUAGAACAAAAAAUAUAUCUUCUGGAGAACGAGUUGAGUUCUUUUGUUGAGAAGGAGAACUCAACUAAAGAAACUAUUUCAAACCUGAGUAGAAACAUUGCUGUGCUACAAGCGCAGGUGGCACAGUUGGAGGAGUCCAGGAAUAAUCUUUUGGCAGAAAACCAACAACUGAGGGAAGUGGUCUCAAGUCUUCAGUCAACAGUCCACAAACUUGAGAACGGCAAUGCUUCUUCCCAUUCAUGGGACACAUCUCAAAAGAAUCUUGCUUCAGAAAAUGAGGACUUGAAGUCGCAAAUUGAUGCUACCUUUACGUUGGUGGAGAAAUUGAUGGCAGAAAAUGCGGAACUUGUUGAGAAGGUCACCGAGUUAUAUGUUGAGCUGGAACGGCGAAGUGCAGAGAUUGAACAUUCUGGAGUUUCGGGGCCUGAUAGGAUCAAUGAAUUUGCUAAACCUAUUGGUCGUGCCGUUCCUGUACCUGAAUCUGCUGAGAUUACAUCUGUUCCAGCUCCAGAGUUUAAUUCAUUGGAAGAUAGAUCGAUGAAGGAUAGUGGUAAAUCAAUUGAUGCUAAGCAUGUUGUUGGGGUAAUGUCGAACUUGUCGCUAGUAUCUGAUGAUACCGGAGAAAUUGUGCAAAUUCCGUUGGAUGAUUAUGAUGUACAAGAUCCUGAUUUGCAUGAUGAUGACAACAAGAAUGUGGAAAAUGAUGAUGUGCCAAUUACAGAUGCUCCCCUUAUCGGUGCUCCAUUUCGUCUGAUAUCAUUUGUGGCCAAGUAUGUUAGUGGUGCUGACUUGGUUGAGCAAACUCCUUCAAACACCGCUCGCUGA